GGUUUACCCUGCAUCGGACGAACUUCAACCUCGUCGUCUUCUUUGUUCUUCUCCUCUUCUCCGCCUGCUACUGAAACUCAUUCGCCAGGGGAAAGCAUGACAUGAGACGGCUUCCUCCUCUAGCUUCUAGGGCUUCCACCGCAGUCACCGCCCUCCCCGACGAAGCAUUCGCUCCCAAGAAUCUCGCCCCAAGUAAUCCUCCCUCGAGGUCCCAACCCAAACCACCCGUUCGGCGGGAACGCAUUGGCAAAGCACAGGAAGCGCCGGGCAGAGGUAAGCCUUUGCCGCGCGACGCCUUUCCUAGGAAAACCCACGAUUCACGUGACGAGCAGAUCGACCGCGGUUACAUUUCUCGGGUCCUCUCGAGAAAAGACUGGUUCUUGCUGCUCACCCACGAGCACCGAGCGAAGAGGGCGGCGCUGAGCGCGCAGUCCGUCGCGAGCGUCUUGCGGAAUCAAGAAAACCCGGUACACCCUUUGAAAUUUUACAUCUGGGUAUCGGGUUUCAGCCCCGCGCUCGCCAAGAAUCGAUCGGUGAAGGCUGUUUUGGCCGAUGUGUUGCAUAGGAAGGGCCCUGUUGUAUUGUCGGCUGAACUGAUUCGGGAUAUUAGGGAUUCUGGCGGGCGGUUCACGGAAGAUUUGCUUUGCGUGUUGAUUGGCAGCUGGGGCAGGUUAGGAUUGGCUAAGUACUGCGAUGAGGUUUUUGGGCAGAUUUCGUUUCUGGGGUUUAGUCCGACUACUAGGAUAUAUAAUGCGGUGAUUGACGCGUUGGUGAAAGCCAAUUCGUUGGACAAGGCUUAUUUGAAGUUCCAGCAGAUGGCUUCUGAUAAUUGCAAACCGGAUAGGUUCACUUAUAACAUACUUAUUCAUGGGGUUUGCCGAGCUGGCGUGAUGGACGAGGCGCGUCGCUUGGUUAAACAAAUGGAGGGGAUCGGUUAUAAGCCUAAUGUGUAUACGUACACGAUACUUAUUGAUGGUUUCUGUAAUGCAAAAAUGGCUGAUGAAGCCUUCAAGGUCAUAGAAACCAUGAGGAAAAGCAAUGUGCCUCCGAAUGAAGCCACUAUCAGAUCAUUGGUUCAUGGAAUGUUUCGAUGCGCUGAUGCCAAGAAGGCAUUUGAGUUGUUAUGUAGCUUUGUGGUGAAGGAACCAGGCUUGAUCAAUUCAACUUGUGAUACUUUGCUUUUUUGCCUUUCAAACAAUUCUAUGGCAAGAGAAGUAGCUGGUCUUUUGAGAAUGUUUGGUGAUAGAGGUUAUGUCCCUGAUGGUCCGACUUUUAACAUGGCUAUCGUUUGCUUGGUGAAAGGCUUGGAUCUGAAUGAGGUGCUUGAGCUACUUGAUAGAUUUAAUGAGAGAGGUGUGAAGCCAGGGUUCAGUACUUAUUAUGCACUUAUUGAAGCACUAUACAAGGCAGGAAGGGUUGAGGAUGGUGAUCGGUACUUAAAUCGGAUCUAUGAGGAUGGGCAAGUCUCAAAUGUCUUUUUGUACAAUAUGCUGAUUGACUGCUUCUGCCGAACCAAAAUGCUGGGCAGGGCACUGGAAACUUUGAGAGAAAUGCAAAAUAUUGGGAUUGCACCUAAUCUCGUGACUCUCAACACCAUCAUUAGUGCACAUUGCAAGGAAGGAGACAUGAGAAAAGCCCAGGAACUGCUGGAGAUGGUUUUUCAGUUUGGUUUUAAACCUGAUGUUGUCACUUUUAGUGCAAUAAUUGAUGGAUUUUGUAGAGUAAACAAGAUCGAAGACGCACUUGAUUGUUUUGCAGAAAUGAAGGAGUGGGGCGUCCCUCCAAAUGCUAUCACUUACGGCAUAUUGAUCCGAUCCUUGUGUUUUACUGGAAAUGUUGGGAAAUCAUUGACACUGCUAAGAAAAAUGCAAGCAGAUGGAAUUAGUCCAGACAUUUCUUGUUUCAGCGCACUUAUUCACAGCUGUUGUAAGAUAAAUCGUGUUGAGAGGGCUAGGAAGCUCUUCUUUUCAAUGUUGACAUUGGGUUUGACUCCUGAAAAGCAGACCUACAAUGCUUUAAUUAAGGCAUUGCAGGAAUCAGGGCGAGCUGAUGAGGCCAAGGAGCUUCUUGCCACGGAUGGAAAUGGAUGUGCACCUCAUUAGAGUGCAAGCAAUUUUCUAGAGGCCAAAAUCUGAUAAUGACAAUUUAGAGAGGCAAACAAUAGAGAGUAAAGAUAUGGAUAAGCAAGAGAUCUUUUCAAAAGUUAUCUCUAUUGUAUAGGGGAGGUUUUCAAGGAUUGUUAUUACUGGAGUUUCAUGAGUAUGUUCUCCAUUGUAAAACAUCGAGCCUGAAGGCAACUCAACUAGAUAACAUCUGACGUUCUGUUUUCUUGUGGCAUUCACUACUUCAAGAGCUAGAGCUUGAAUCUGGUUGCUUUUUUUUCGGUGGGCAGAAGAAUCCAGAAAAUAGCUCUAACCGUUGAUCCAACUGAUUGUCAUAAGUAAUUUGCCAAAGUCAAGGACUGGAAAUUGUGAAUUGGCAUUGUCUCACAAAGGCGAAAAGUGAACUUCAAUCAUGGGAACGUUGAAUACAGGAAGCCACCCUGAUAUUCUGUGCUUAAAGUUGGCUUUAGGGGAUCGGAAGAUCAAUGUUGUCAUACGAAGAUGUGCCAGACUCAUUCCAUAAGCUUCCACUUCAGAAAACUUGGUUACUUGGCAGAAAUGAGAGCUGCCCCGGCGGGCUUUGCACGGAGAAGCAUGAUAAGAAUCUAAAAUUAAUGUGGUUAAUGACCAUGGAUAUUAUACUGUUUACAUUGUGUGUAAUGCGGAUAAAGUUCACCUGUACGCCAUCACCGUUUAGAUUAUUUGAUCAUCUUAAUCCGUGGACAGAUGCAGACUGAGUUUCUUGUGGGCAUGCUGUACCACAUUUGUCCCUAGACAUGUUAACUGGUUUCGAGAACGGAGAACAUCACACGUGGGGGUUUGGUCUACGUCUUUUACUAAUAAUUUAUAUCUCUGCCCUUUGUUUGAUUUGAA